AUGGACUCACACUGCCGUAUGGGGCCCAUUGGGGGCCCUCCUGGCCUCCCAGCCAAGGAAACCUGUACACGUAGCCCUAUACCUAUGGCGGCCCUACAUCUCCCUCUUAUACAAAACACGGACUCUCUUACGGAGCAGAUGAGGAGGUUGGAGUUAGCGCAUGCAGCAAUGAAGAGAGAGGAGGUGGACUGCAGCAACCGCAGCAACCGCAGCAACCGCAGCAACAGCAGCAGCAAUAGUAGCUACAGCAACAACAGCAACGAUGACGACGACGAAGACGACAAUAACAGCGGCAAUAUCGAGGAGUUUGUAGCUCAGCAAGGAGGGAGCAGCAAGUAUGAGGAGACCUUUAUGAGCAGCAGCAGCAGCAGCAGCAGCAGCAGCAGCAGCAGGACAUUAGAAGGUCUUGCUCUUGCUUCUUUGCCUCUAUGCAUGCAAAAGAAAGCCCCAAAAAGGAGACGAUUUAGCAGCACAGGAUCCGAAGGAGGAGGAGACACAAAAGAAAGAGAAGACGAGGCAAAUUGUCUCCUUAAUUUGUCUCUUCCUUCCUCGCCCUCUGCACAUUUUAAGAGGACGAAGACCGUCAGCAAAUAG